AGACUGUCGGUAGCGACAACAAAUACCAUUGUGAUUUUUUUUGAUACGGUGUCCUAAACUGUCCUCAACAUACUACACUAGUAAUGUAGUGGAAUUUUAUUGAAGACACUGAAUGGGGGAGAAUCAAAAUGAGCAUUCGGGGACAGGAACAGGUGGAGAAGAAGUACAACCCUCUAGAUAGAACCCUGAAGAUUGUCAACAGGAGGGAUGACUUGGAUCCCAUGUGUGAUGAUGACGAUGACUGUCUCAGAGCAGAGAUGUCCUGCGGCCAUGCUGUCACUCCGGACUCUCUCACACUAUGGUGUCGCAGCCAGCUGGAUGAGGGUAUUUACAAAUUCAGAUGCCCUGCAGUGGUGGAGGGGACCACACAGUGUAAUAAACUGUGGUCGUACCAAGAAGUGCGCAGACUGGCUGACUUGUCUGUCGAGGAAAUGCAGCAUUUUGAAGAGACCAUGGCUCGCCUGGCUGCUGCACAAUACUGUGAAAUUCAGCCAUGCCCAAAGUGCAAAACGAGUGUGGAGAGGAAGGAUCUGUCCAACCUGUGUGUGCGGUGCCCCAUAUGCACAGCUGAUCAGAAGACGACCUACCAGUUCUGCUGGCAGUGUCAGAGGCAGUGGAAAGGUGCAGCUCCACGCUCUGACCGCUGUGACAACAACGGCUGCAUCAACAGGGACCUGCAGCUUCUGCAGACAUGUAAAACCACCAGUCUGCCCGCGGUGGAGGGGGUCACCGACUGCCCUUCUGUCCGAGCCUGUCCUACAUGCGGCAUGAAGGUGGAACAUAACCGACAAUAUUGCAAAAAUAUCAACUGUCCUCGCUGCCACAUGGAGUUCUGUUUUGUCUGCCUGAAACUAAAGCGUGAAUGUUGUAAGACCAGUUCGCCAUAUAAAAUCUGUCCUAGUGGUGUGGCUCCUAGACAGACCUCUAGCCCUGUGUGGCAGAGGAAGUGAAAUAAAUGGAUCUGUCUGUACUAAAUGAAAAAUUCAGCAAUAUAUGUUUAAAGGUAUUAAUAUUAUAUUACCCUGUAAAGUGUUUUGUUAAUAUCUUAUUGGAAUACUGUAAUGCUACGACUCCAAUAGACCAGGAACAUAUGUUUUAAUUGUGGGCCUACUCUGCCACCUUCUGGCUGACUUUAAAAUUGUACAUGAAAAGGUCUGAUGUUUUGGAGUGUGAAUGCCAAUUAAUCAAGCACAUGUAUUGGCUACUGAUACCGUUACUAAUAAUAAGUGCUAUAUCUACAAAGUGAAAAAGCUUUUUGAAAAAGUUCAUUUAGAUUUCCCGACACUAUUUAGAAACCUUAUUAUUACUCUUACAAUAUUUUCUUUUUAUUGACAUUUACAAAGUUGUUACUAUUAUACCCCAACAAAGUAUUUGCAAUUACAGUUUUCCUUUCAGCUAAUUGCAGCUUCAUGUAGUUGAAAAAGAAAAUAUGAAACAUGGAAAAUACAGCUAUUAUUCAAAUAAUAAAUAUUGGUUUGUAUUUAGAUUACAUUACAUUAGAUUAUAGUUGGUGUAUACUUAAUUUACAUUUGAUUAUUGAUUGUCCACUGCAAAUAAUGUGCAUGACUUUGCUAAAUUGUAAAUAAAAUCUACCAUUUUUUGUAUGAUUUAUUUCUCUUUCACAUUAAAAUGAUCAUUUAGCCUGAAAAAAAACAAGCCAUCAAAAUCAAAGAUUUUUUAACAGUGAAAGUUUGUAUUGAAGUUUUAAAAGGUAGUGUUUGCUACAGAUCAGUGUGAUCCUCUGGGGCAGU